GCGCGGCGGCGGAGGCGGUGAGCGCGCGGGCUUGCGGCGGCGGUUGGCGGGCGGGCUUCCGCCGUUGGGACCGCCGCGGCCUGGUCGCUCAGGCUCGGACGCCGUGUCAGGCGGGCUGGGGGGACCUUUGGCAUCAGUCAAGGCCUGUAGCACCGAGAGUCCAGAUAUUCCUUUCUGAGUCAUGACGGAUGCCAAGUAUGUCCUCUGCCGAUGGGAGAAGCGAUUGUGGCCUGCGAAGGUUUUGGCCAGAACUGAGACUUCAGCAAAAAACAAGAGAAAAAAGGAAUUCUUUCUAGAUGUUCAAAUCCUCUCGCUAAAGGAAAAGAUCCAGGUGAAGAGCUCGGCUGUGCAGGCGCUGCAGAGGUCCCACAUUGAGAGCAUUGCCGCCCUCCUGGCCUCUCAGAAUGAAGUCUCGGCUACUCCGCUGGAAGAGCUGACUUACCGACGCUCCCUGCGCGUGGCCCUGGAUGUCUUGAAUGAGAGGACCAGUUUGAGUCCUGAAAGUCAUCCAAUAGAAGAUGCGACCACACUGUCUCAGAAGGAGAAGCCAGAUGCAGAUGUGGCCUUGCAGGUCUCCAGUGCUCCUUCUCCGUCUUUCCUCACUGAAGAUGGUCAAGCUGUGGCAGCCCAGUGCACAUCCCAGAGGAGGUGGGAGUGCAGUCCAAAAAGCCCGACGCCGCCGUCUGCAUCUGAAGAUCACCUCAGUUGCAAAGUGGGCCCCAAGACAGACCUCUCAGAGAAUGGAGCCCGAGGAGCUGCCCUCACUGGAGAGGAUGAUGACUCUGGGUCUCAGCUGGACCAUGGGCAGGAGAGCACAACUGGAAAGAGAUCGAGGAAUUCGGGAGAGAAGCCUACCCGACGCCGAAGAACAGAGUCUGGCCUUUCCAAGGGUGAAAGUGUCACAGAGAGUGAGGGACAGGCAAGCAGCUGUGUGGCCCUGGCUUCACCUAGGCUGCCCUCCCAAACCUGGGAGGGGGAUCCCUGUGCCGAGGUCAAAGGCUGUGAGUGGGUUGAGUCAUCAGGCAACAUCGGGCUGCACCCGGCCCCUGAGAGAAGCAGAGUACGUCCUACAAAGAGGCCACGCUUGGAUGGAAGCCAGAACCCACCCACCAGGCAGCUGGGGACCAGAACUGUGGGGACAGCACCCUCCCCUCGGAGCUGUUCCAGGGAGGUCAUGAUGCUGCGCCAUGCUGGAGACAGUGACAAACCAGAGGAAGAUCCUAUGUCCUCAGAAGAAUCCACAGGGUUUAAGUCCAUCCAUUCCCUGCUGGAGGAGGAGGAGGAAGAAGAGGAAGAGGAGGAGGAACCACCCCGAAUCCUUCUGUAUCACGAACCACGAUCGUUUGAAGUAGGAAUGCUGGUCUGGCUUAAAUACCAAAAAUACCCGUUCUGGCCAGCCGUGGUCAAGAGCGUCCGGCGGAGAGACAAGAAGGCCAGUGUGCUCUUCAUUGAGGGCAACAUGAACCCCAAGGGCCGAGGAAUCACCGUGUCGCUGCGACGGCUCAAGCACUUUGACUGCAAGGAAAAGCACACACUGCUGGACAGAGCCAAGGAGGACUUUGCCCAGGCCAUUGGCUGGUGUGUCUCGCUUAUCACUGACUACCGUGUGCGGCUGGGCUGUGGCUCCUUUGCUGGGUCUUUCUUGGAAUAUUACGCUGCUGAUAUCAGCUACCCUGUGCGCAAGUCUAUCCAACAGGACGUCCUGGGGACCAGGUUUCCUCAACUGGGCAAGGGCGACACUGAGGCGCCUAUAGGGGACAGCCAGCUGGGACAGUGGCGGCCAUGCAGGAAGGUGCUGCCUGACCGCUCGAGGGCUGCACGGGAUAGAGCCAACCAGAAGCUGGUGGAAUACAUUGUGAAGGCUAAGGGUGCAGAAGGCCACCUCCGGGCUAUCUUGCACAGCCGCAAGCCCUCACGCUGGCUGAAGACGUUCCUGAGCUCCAAUCAGUACGUGACAUGCAUGGAAACGUACCUGGAGGAUGAGGCACAGCUGGAUGAGGUGGUGGAGUACCUGCAGGGCGUCUGCCGUGACAUGGAUGGCGAGGUGCCCGCACGCGGCAGUGGAGACCGCAUUCGUUUCAUCCUGGACGUGCUGCUGCCUGAGGCCAUCAUCUGCGCCAUUUCUGCGGUGGAGGCGGUGGACUACAAGACAGCCGAGCAGAAGUACAUCCGUGGCCCCACACUUAGCUACCGGGAAAAGGAAAUCUUUGACAAUGAGCUCCUGGAGGAGAGGAACCGUCGCCGUCGCUGAUGCCGCAGUCUCUGCCUGGCCAGCACUGUGUCUGCGGCCUGCCAGAGGCCUCUGCAAGAAUGUGCUAGAAGCAAGAGGCUGAGGAGUGUGCUGACUCUGAUCUGUGCAUGGGCUCUGCAUCGUCAGCCCUGAGUCUGGAAGAUCAGAUGCCAUCAACACACUAGAAGCCUGCUGGCAUCUAUGAACAGCUGCUUUCUGGAAGUUGUGUGUGUGUGUGUGUACACAUGUAUGUUUGGUUUUGUUUUUUAAUUAUUCUUGUUUAUAAAUACAUUUGAAUGCACAUGUGUCAUGGUCAUUGCAGUGUGGCUGGCAUGUGCAUUUAUGUCCCAUGUUGCUUAGUGUGUCAGCCCUACAGAUGUUUCUGGAAAGACUGAUUUGAACACACAGCA